CCGCGAGAGGGGUGUCGUGGAUACAUGGAUGCAUGACCCUGCUGCUCCCAGUCCCAGUCGCGCUUGCGCAGCGUUUCUGACUUUCCCACUCUGUCCCCCGUACCAUGGCGUCCACGGAGGAGGACGGCUCGGUUGAAGAGAAGGAAAACAACAACAAGAAGAGGACGAAAAGUGCCAUCGCUGUCGCAUGGCUUACAUUUUACAACAUCGCCAUGACGGCCGGGUGGCUGGUUUUGGCUAUGGCAAUGAUGCGCUUCUACAUCCAGAAAGGCACACACAAGGGUCUGUACAAAAGUAUAGCAAGGACACUCAAGUUUUUCCAGACCAUUGCGCUAGUUGAGGUGGUGCAUUGUGCAAUCGGAAUCGUGAGGACCUCUGUAAUUGUGACUGGGGUUCAAGUAUGUUCACGAAUCUUCAUGGUGUGGUUCAUCACCAACAGCAUCAAACAGAUCCAGAACGAAGAAAGUGUAAUCCUCUUCUUGGCCGUUUGGACGUUUACAGAGAUUACCAGAUAUUCCUUCUAUACAUUCAAUCUGCUCAACCACCUGCCAUACUUCAUCAAAUGGGCCAGAUACAACAUGUUUAUCAUCAUGUACCCUCUCGGAGUGGCCGGAGAACUCCUGACCAUUUACACUGCUCUGCCAUAUGUUCGCAAAACCGGAAUGUUGUCCAUGAGGCUCCCCAACAAGUAUAACGUCUCCUUUGACUACUACUACUUCCUCGUUAUCGUCAUGCUCUCCUAUAUCCCAUUGUUCCCACAGCUCUACUUCCACAUGCUCCGUCAGAGGAGAAAGGUGCUUCUUGGGGAGAUCAUAGUAGAGAAGGAUGAGUAGAACCGCCUCACAGUCCAGCAGCUGGCGUUCGUUUUGGGACAGCGAGUCAGCACAGCUCCCCUGCCGCCACAUCCAUUCACCUUUGGUACCGCGCUCCACCGCACUCCACAUGCAACAAAAUGGACCGAGAGAGUCGGACGAAUACUAACAUCGCCGGAAUAGCCAUGUUAUAAUCACGGAAAAAGAAUGAAACAUCACAGUCAUCACAAUAACCCAACUGGACUAAAUACAGUGCUGCAAGAGAAAUCAUGACCCAACAGGAAUAACAGUCAUCAGAAUCGUCACUGAAUCAGUCAUCACCAAACUCAUCAAUCAACGAGAGGAAUCAUUACAGAACUGGAAUAGUCAUCAUUGUGGAACGAAUGAAUAAAUAUAAUCUCUAGCCCAGGAAUCAUUAUCAUCGCAAAACUGGAACGUACUGCUGCCACUGUGUCUUCACUGUCCAGGUUUAGAUAUCUAGAUCCCCAGAAAGAGAACGCACUGAAUCCAUCAGCCAGUGUGGCCACAGCAUACUGCACUGGAGCCCUGCAACCUGAUAGCAUAAUACUGCACUGAUUACCUUCUACACCUGCUAAAAAAACAAAAUACUGGAAGGCGCCUGCUGUGCAUUGAGUCAACCACACAGCAGACACAUACUGCACCCACCUUCAGUGCAAGAUAGUAGAAGUUCAAGGGAACCUGGAAAUGGUGAUAUGGAAGGAUGGAGGAGGAGAGAUGAUAGUUGAGUCCCCUGAGCAGUUUUUUUUUUUUCAAUCGGCUAUUUAUUUUUGUAGAAAUUUAUAAGCGUUUUCCACCACAGUGAUUUUAUACGUAAAUAGCGUGUGGCAACAAUGACUAGACAGAAGCUUUAAAAAAAAUAGAAACAAUUAUGCAUAGACGCAUUAUACCUCGACAAUAAACAGACAUUUGCGCAAUAUGCUGCUUCCUUGGUUUAUGUGUGUUGUACUUUAUUUGUAAACAAUGUGAAACAGCAACAUUAGUAGGCUAUUUUAUGCACAGAUCGGAUCAUUUGAAGAAGGACUUCAUUUAUUCACAUAUCACCUGGUUGGCAAUAUUAUAUGGUUUGUAAGGCAGUAAUACACUUGUAUUGAAUGUUAUUAGUACUUUCGGUGUAGCUGAGACUGCUCAAACUUGUUAACUUGUUUUCCUAAUGUUCUCUCCAUGUUGCUUUAAUGUUUACCAAGAGCUCAGUCAAAUGUAUUUACAAGUGUGCAUCUUAAACAAAGGUUACAACUUUACAGAAAAGCUCUUUGUUUUUAAAAAAGUUCAAGCCAACUUAGAAGACAGAAGAUAAGAGAGAAAUGAUUUCUGAGCUCUCACAGUCUUCAGUUAGUCACUGUUUUGUUCUUUAUGCUUAAAAAUCUAUGUUCGGGAUCCCAUUGUCCUGGUUGGUAUUGUACUGGUAGUUAGUGUUAGAUUCCCUCUACUAAAAAGGUGCUACUGUGUCAGAUCGUUUCAAACUUCUGUGCAGCUGAAGGAGAAACUGGAAUAGGGAUGGAGAUAGGAAUGGAAAAACAGAAUGUGAAAUGUUUUGGGGAAAAGAUGUACGACUUGGAAGUGUUUCUCUAAUUAUAUGCACUGUGAUAUUGAGCCCCGUGCUACAGUGUACUGAAUGAAUUGACAUAAUGCUAUGAAUCAGGGUUAGACAAGAAAGAAAGAAACAAUAAAACUCAAUGUCAAAAAUCA